CAAGAUCAGCUAUUUACCUCCAGAUAACUUCACAAAAAUGUCAUUUGAGCAAAAGAUCACUAAAGAAAGCAAGCCUAAAUUUAGAUAUGGGCCAAGCCAUAAAAGGAACUUUCAUAGCAGUAUUGGCCAUUACCCAGAUGUAAGGAAAUAAUACUAAAACUAUCAAUUUAAAGAAGGAUGAUUCAAACUUACGCUUAAGUCUUGGGGCUAAACGGGCCUUCAAACCAGUAAAGAAAUUAAGGUAUAAAUAAGGUGAACCUCUCUCGUAACGAAGAAGAGAGGCCCAUGCUGUCAGGCCAGAAGCUGAGUAUUUUAAUAGAGAUGGAUAACUACAAGAACAGUUUAGCAAAGAUGAACCCUUCCUCAAAUAAGAAUUUGAGUGAGAACCGAAAUGAGUUUACUUCUUCUCCUAUCUCUGGGAAUAUAAAAUCCAUGCUGAAGAACCGCCAUGAAAAGGAUGUUUCUGAGAUACACAUGCGCAAGCAUAUUAAAGCACUGAAGAAAUUGGUGAAGGAAAGAGAUGAUGAGCUUUUUGAUCUCAAAAUGGCACUAGAAUUAGCAGGGACUAAGAAUAAUACCAAGAAGCUUACCCAGAAGGCCGAGAUUAUUCAGAAAAAUCUAGAAAAAGUCAGAGGGGGUCUAAAUCCUAAGAGAUCCCUUGUUCUUUCAAGAUGUAAGAAGCAAACGAGAAAUAAGAAAAGAAGCAAGUUAGUCCUUAAGAAAGAGCCAUUUAUUAACAGAGGUCAAAUGGGAGUUUCAAAAUCAACUGUGGCUUCUCCUCAUCAGUUAACCCAAAAUAACCUCAAAAACAGUAUGGUGUUGAAUUCCAAAUAAUUCGAUGAAGAGUAUUACUCCUGUGAACAAAACUAAUAAAGUUAUAAAGAAGAAUAAUGAAGAGACUAUAAAUGUAAAUGGAUUGCCUCCAGUAUUUAAAACAUUUGAAAAUCAAUCAGUUUCUCACAAAACUAACACAAACAGUGCCCAAAAUGUAGCUGAGAAGCAUGAGAUCAAGAUAUUGAACAAGAAGAUCUCCCAGCUUGAGGGGCAGUUGUCAAAAUAUCAGAAGAAUAACAGCUCUGCUGUCUAUAAAGAAUCUACUAAAGAAGAAGAUGAUGCUAAGCUUAAUUAUCACAAGUUGUUGACUAACUAUAUAUCUGAAGCUCCAGACUUGAGCUAUAUGGAAGUUACUAAAGAUCCAUUUGUCAAACUUCCCACACAGAUUAGUCCUAGAAAUCAGAAGAAAGCUCUUCAUGAAGAUUUCUCAGGAGAGAAAAAUAUUGUGAAAGUUGAUGAAAUAGCUCAUAUAAGAGCUAAAGUUCGCCUUGCAGUAAUGUGUUAUGAAGAAAAUCUCAAAAACUUAAUUUUUGGUUCAAACGAGAUAUCAAUGCAAGGCUUUAUGAACAAGGCUGAAGAGUUUAUGAACCUCUCUCAAAUGGAAGCCUUGUUAUUCUCAAGAUAUCUUUUCGAACGUAGGAAUAAGCCAAAAGUAAUUUUUGAUAAAUCCACAGUCAGAAGAUGAAGCUUCAUUUUGAGAAGACUUAAGGAAUUCAUUGGAAAAUACACAAGAAUCGAGACGGAUAAUAUUACAACUAUUAAGCUAGAUUUCAGUGAAAAUAAGAAUAAAGAAGAUAAAGAUCAGUUUGUCAAAGAUCUUCAGGCACUCUCAAAAUGAGAGUUUGUGUCGCCAUUUGAUAUUUACAAUCUCAUAUUGACUUCUAACCUGAAGCUAGACCCUACAAAAAUAGUUGUAUAUCUCUGAAGGAUGUCUAAUUCUAUUUGAAAAAUCACUGGAAAUAUGAUUAGCAUUCUCAUUAGGAGAUGAUUUUUGGUAGAAUAUGCUAAUAGAAAAGCAAGUAUCGCUCCAAAUGAGUCCUUAUGCAUCUCUAAAAUAUGUUCUGACGGUACACCAAAAGGGAAGAAGGAUGAAGUAAUCGAGCUAGAUAAGAACUCCAAGCUUAAAAUUGGUAAUAAGUUCUUCCAAGAACUUGCUGACUAUAUCAAGAAGAGUGAUAUCUCUAUCCUUGAUGUCAUCAAGGAUAAGAUCUUUGACAAGGUUUUGAAUGCUAAAGAAUACCAGCUCAUUAAGUACAAGCAUCUUUACCAAAUAUGGGCUAAAUGAGGUCUUAAUAUCACAGGAGAUACGAAGCAAGGAAUAGAGCAUGUAUUAGUCCCCUUCUUAGAUAAUUCAGUUGAGAUUCAUUCCUUAAUCUCAACAAUGGCAAAAUAUGGUUGCUUUGAGCUGUUUCCAAAAUCAAACAAACAUAUUAACUACAGAAAAAUGGAUGGAGCUACUAUCAGGAUCCUGAACAGGAUAAUUGCCAUCAUGGAAAGAGAUAAGCAAGAGAAUGUUGAGGACUUCCUUGGUGAGAAGAACAUUACGUACAUCGAAGUGGUAUCUCCUUCCAAGACUGAGAAGAUAGGGGUCAUUGACCAUUUGAAACUUCGAGAAGUCCUACGUGAAAAAUGAAUAAUCCCAUAUGGUGAAGAUCUUGACGAGGAGUUCCAAACAUUACUGUGCCUUAGUUCUAAUAGGGAAGAUCUCAUUAUGAUUAGGAAAAUGAGGAAGAUUAUAGCAGAUAUUAAAAACGUCAGGUUCUUCAGAAAUUACGGAAUGUACUUCAGAGAGGAAUCACUAGUUGAUUCUGACUAUGAAGAGCAACAGGAGAAACCGAAUAUGACUAUUGAUAAGCUUCUUAAUGAAAGCUUGAUUAAAAAGGAUCUGCAUGAAAAUAAUAAUAGUAGCAGUGAUAGCUUUGAUGCAAAUCUUCUGUUAUCUAUGGACCAGAGCUCCAGAGAUGACCGGGCACCAGAGAAAGCGAAGUUCAAGAGUGCGAUUAUGAAGUAUGCUGACAUGCAAAAAGCUAUUCAAAAAAAGAAUGGAGAUGAGAAUGCUACACACUUCUUGAGCAUCAUGAGUGCUCUGAAUGCAGGGCCUAAUUUGAAACAAGCUAAUAAAUCAAAUUAA